UUUUAUGCAGUCUGUAACAUAUAAAUAUCACAAACUCCCAGUAGCACCAGGAAAACAUCUGCGCAGAUUAAAUCCUCUUUUUAAAAAGAAAUUACAUAUUUUAUCCGUUUUAAUCCUAGUCAURACGCUUAAGCUAUAAAAACCCGAGAUUCUAAGGCUGAUAGAAACUAGAAAAUUCAAGAUGCCUUAUAGCGCAUGCGUAUGACAUAUCAAACGUACCGCAUUACACACCUCGAUUCAUGCCGAGUAUUACAAAUAAAAAUCUUGUUGAUAGAUUUAAACUUUACUUCUGUUUCUUAUUUGUUUGUUUAUAUGUACUAAGAGAAGGUGUUGCAGAUGAGAGAAGGAAGUGUACAAUCGACUGAAAAAACGACUUUAUACUCGAGGUUUGAUGAUCCUGCUUUCGAGGAAGACCAACCAAGGAGGUUCCGGACUUUCAAGAUAAUCACAGCCGCAUAAGAUGACCGUCGAUACCACAGAUUGUUAUGUACCUGGGGGUGUACGACAACUAUAGGCAACGAAGCAUUUGGCAUUGACAGCAAUUCCAUCAAGAUCAGAUAUCUUGGCGUCAGUGGAUGCUGUAAAUGCAAGUAGAGAAAUGUGUCACUGAAAGUUUGUUCACCUAAAGGAAACAUCUGCUCGGCGGUGGACGUGGGAUUAAUUCAGUCAAAUCUAAAGUGUUAAAACUUCAACCCUCUGCCAACUGCUCAAGGGAUUAUUUCAAAUUCAAGAGGACAUUCAAGGUGGAAAUAAACCUCAAUAACUGUCUUUGGAAAACGACUACGUCCCCUAGGUUUUUCCAAGCCGCUAUCAAAGUGUAAAAGAAAGCUGAAGCUCGAUCAAAAGAGGUGAGCAGAGACAUAAGACUGGUCAGGUUGCUUGUCUUAAUAUUCAUCGGAGGAGGACCAAGAGUGCCUCGUCUUUAGAUUGCUUCAGCGAAUAACAAACCGCAGUACGUGUUGAAGCUCUUACGUGUUGGUCGAUUGACAUCACAAGGCUAACAAGCUAAGUGACAACAGAUCUAACAAACAGAAUCAAACUGGAUCAAACUCCUUCAAACCAAACAGCCUACAGAAAUGUUUCACCAAGAGAAAAAACAUGCACUGACGGUCGCAUUGGCUAGGAGUCUUUCCAAGUAAAGAUUGUCAUUGAAAAACUCGGCGUUUGAAGCGUCCAGCAAAGGGACUGAUUCAUAGUUAUAAAUUACACUGAAACCGCAUAUACCUUGUUUGAUGAUUUGAAGACAUCCUGCAACUGCAAAAAGGGCAUAUAUUAAGGGCCAAAAUAUCCUUUCCUCUGAAAAGAUUUUAUUCUGAAAGGAAAUCUUCAAGCUGUAUAACAAGCAGGCUUUCCACUACUUCAAGGUUUAUAUCUGUUUCUGAUCCUCAAGGACAUAAGUGACAAAUAGAAACCACUUCUGAAAACUUUGACUGAAAAGGAUUAUUUAAAAAGACGUUCUACAAACGGAAACGAAAAAAAAAUGGCGUCUUCAAACGAAAUGGGCAACUCUUCAACCAACUCGUCAACCUUAGGUUUAGGACCUGAGAACAUCGUUGGAGCGAUUUUCGUUGGAUUGCUGAUGCUUGCAACCUUGUUUGGUAACUUCUUGGUGUGGGCUAGCUUUAUUACAUUUCGAGAGCUAAGAACAAAGUGUAACUACUUCAUAAUAAGUUUAGCGGUUGCUGACAUCAUGGUUGCGUUGCUUGCUAUGCCAUUUUGGUUCAUUUUGCAACUGGAGCCUGACUUGAAGAACUCAAAAAUAUUGGAUCAACGAUCGAUGCAGUUUUGGAAUUGCAUUGACAUUCUUUGCGGAACUGCCUCUAUAAUGAAUCUAUUAGCAGUGAGCGGUGACCGCCAUCUUGCCAUAACAGCACCCUAUAAAUACCACGAGUUCUUGACGUCAUUGAGAGCGAUCGUGAUCAUUUGCUUCGUAUGGAUUUACGCAGUUACUAUUUCUUUGCUGAACCUUGCAAAGUUCAAAAUUCCAAAUAAUGGCUACCAUUACUUGGUGUCAACCACUAGCUUGAUACUACCAUUGGUGGCUAUGAUUAUCAUGUACGCACGGAUUUAUAUGGUUGCGAGGCGACAAGCUCGCAUGAUCAACCUCCAUCAGAAUUACAAAACAGAUAUUAAAGCUGCGAAGACUAUUGCUGUCGUGAUUGGAGCAUUCGUCGUAUGUUGGCUUCCGUUUUUCGUAAUGAUUAUUGGAUAUGCUGUUGAUCAGAAUUUUAUCAGUGACCCUCACUUUAAGGUUCUUAGAGCCAUAAAAUGGAUGGAAUAUCUGAACAGUUGUUUAAAUCCUAUUAUCUAUUGUUGUCUAAACCGUACCUACCGAGGCGCAUUUAAAAGACUUUUUAAAAAGUGGCGAAAAGCUUUGUUGCGGCUGUUUUUUUCCAAAUACCAAGAAGACAACGAAGAUGAUAAYUUCAAUACUACUCUUAAUAAAACCCAGAAGACCCCUAUAUUGGGCAAGUCUAGUGAAGACUCCGGCAACAAUUUGACUCAUGUUAACRAAAAUGGCAAUCAUUUAAGGAAAGAACUCUUGGAGUCCAAUGCAAAUGGUGUUCACAAGCAGACCCAGGUUUAAAAGUCAAAUUGCAUGUACUGUAUUGGAUGGCUCUUCAAUUGGAAUUGAAGCUGUGUAAAACUACUUGAGUGAGGUAUCUCUAGCUACUAAUAGAACAUGCUGGUAUAUUACUUGAUUGCAAAGUGUUUUGCAGYCUUAAGGUUUAAGAAAUAUAAUAUUAUCAACACUGAGAGCACUACUUACAUCCUUAAAUUUAUCAUAUUACAAGAAAAGCAAGCAAGGAAGCGAGGCGAGCUUGAUUUUAUUCUUCACAUUUUACUGCGUAUACUACGAUUAAGUAAAAGAUUAAAACGUGACUACGACAAGCUGUACUCAAGAAACUAUGUACACUUAGACACACCAAAGUUAUAAUUAUUGGUGAUGAGCGGCUUUGAGAUCUAAUUAGCCUGCGUAGCCGGUCCUCUUUUUGGCCGGCUACGCAGGCUAAGAUCUAAUCGACCCAAUUGAUCAAGCGUCAGAUAUCAUCACAGGAAGUAAAUAACAGCUAGAAUACUUAAUUUGUGUGUGCGUGUGCACGGUGUACAAGGGAGGAGGGGGGGGGGGGGUUGAAGUCGCUUUCAUAAACCCUCCCCCAGUAGAUUAAGAUUGCCUCCCGUGGACAAUCAAUAGAGAUUGGACUUGAUAACACACAGUAAAUGUAUAAGUACUCAAAGUCGGUCCAACCUAAUUCACUAAAGCRAAUUUGCAAACGUUUCUUGAGACUUUGAUAUGACACUUUAGACGUUGGAUGAAGUGGUCAUUAUUUUUAACGGCAGCACUGGAUACGCUGCACGUCUUUAUUUUGGUACAGGUAAUAUACGCAUAUCGAAAAAUGGCGGGAAGCCAUCGAGGCAUGUAAAGACCUUGUAAAUGCUGUCAUGAGGUGCACCACUAAUUUAGUUUCAUAAAUUGUUUAUUGAUUUUCAUGGUAAAUCAGUGAAGUAAAUCGGUCAAGUGGUGAAACUCUUGCUACGGGUAUACUAAUUUCAGUAUAAAUAUAAUACCUUUAACGUAAGUUAGCAUGUCACGAAUUUUAUAAAACGAAGACUCGCUUUAGUACUAAAUUCCAUUCCAUUUCUCUUUCUUGAAAUGUUAACAUGUGUAGUAUAAUUUAUUGAGAUCAGGUUAUAUAUAUAUAUAUAUACUGGUAAAAAUUAAAAUAAAAUCUCAAGACACAGUUAAAACUAUAAAAACCUCUCAUUAUAAUCACUCAACUCUCAAAAGUUAUUCGCCUUUUCCGGCCUAAAAGGAAGACUGGUAACGACUGCCUCGCAAAUAAGAUUGUUGGAAUGCAUUUUAAACUAUUAGAUCGAAAAGUUCCGCCCUCGCUUCCCCAGAUUCAGCUGCGGAACAUGAUGUAUGCGAAUUAUGAUCCAUUUAUUUUGCUUUAUCAUUUUUGCUUUUGUCUUUAUAUAUUUCCUCCUUUUCCUCCUACUUUUCAUUCAGUCAUACAAUCAUUUUCCUAUCAUUGCCGCCUUMAUCAUCCACAACGGAUCGAAUACCGACACGUAUUGGAAUAACUAACCGCUGAUUGAAAUCCCCAUAUUUCUUUUUGGCUUUCGGUUUUGCGUAUCAACUCACACGGCUUACAYGAUGUGAGGUCAAGUUCAUGUCGAAGAAUACAACACGAGACGCUGAUAAACUAAGAAGUUAUCUUUAACCCUCGUCUGCUAUUGAUAGGACAACCAAUGUCAGUGAAAAAUCAUUUAACUUCAGAUAGGAUAUCGGGACACUUUAUCUGGAGAUUCGCAGGCAGCACGCUUGCGUAAACCUUUGUCCUCUACCGGCACUGUGAAUAAAGAUACCUCGUGAUCGCACGUUUAAAACUUUAGGUAGUAUAGCUUUCCUGAAUCUCUGGGGCAAGAUAGUCAUUGUUUAGUUUAAUUAGUCCAGUGUUCUGUGGUUUCCUCAAUCACUGUCAUUAGGCUUGUACAAAAUGCAUAGUAUAACGUUAGGCACUAAUUAUUUGGUAUUGUAAUUGAUAGUCAGUCGGAUUAGUAGUUACAAAGUCAGCAAUGGUGAGAAUGUCAACUAUUCACACUUAUUAAAGCCUGCUCAAUAUGAUGAGCUAAUAGUUUUUUAACUGGGAGGUCGGAACAGCUUGACUUCGACGAUUUAAAGGUACAUGUCCGCCUAAUUCAUUCAUUAGAUUAUAUUUUGCCGUUUAAAUUAAACAGCAGCUGGGCCAGGGAAACGGGCGUGGCUUAGCAGAUAGGAGGAUCGCAAAGUUAAAGUCAAACACUGAAAUAGUUUAGCCUAGAAUAUCACUUCGAAAGAUCGAUUUCAGGACGCCUCGGGGCAGUUUAUUCAAAGCAACGACAAUCUCGAUUUCCCUGUAGAUAAGCAUGCAAUUAAUCUUAAUUCUGAACUACGUCAAACAUUGAAGUUACAUGAUGAAUUUUAUGCUAAUUAUGCUACCUUCAAAUAUUAUUUCAAAGUAAUCUCAGCAUAUU